AUGCCAACCCCCUCAGCAACGAAACUAAAGCCGGCUCGAGAAGAUGUGGUUCUCUCGCGAAGAGAGAUCGAAGGGCUGAUUGCAAGUGGGAGGCACAUAAUCAUCUUCAACGGCAAAGUCUUGAAGGUUGAUGCCUGGUUGAAAUUCCACCCAGGCGGAGAAACCGCAAUCAAGCACAUGGUUGGCAGAGAUGCUACAGAUGAAAUCAAUGCACUACAUUCGUCCGAAGCUCGCGAGCGUAUGAAUUCCUUUCAGAUCGGUCGCAUCGAAGGACAAUGGUUGAAUUUUCUCCCGCCUAUUCAAGGAGGCGUAUUUGGCACUGGCUCUCUGGGUGAGCCGACCUCCAGCGAAGCGGACGAACCCCAGCCCUCGUCUCAAGAAAGCUCCUAUCCCCCGUCGCCGCUGUUCGAGCCGAUCGACCGCCCGACAACGUUACGACGACGCCGGUCUAGCUGCACGUCAGUUUCUUCUGUAGCCUCCACUCCUCCUACAUCACAUUCUACCUCGAAACCCUACGUCCAACCGAAGCCCCUGUUCCUCGACGCACGAACCCAAGAAGAGAUCAUUUUCGAUAUUGCCAAGUACCCCACCCUCAGUCCAAAAACCCAGAACCAUAUCGUGGAAAAGUAUCGGGAACUGAACCAGCGCAUUCGCGAUGAAGGCUUGUAUAACUGCAAUUACUUUGCCUAUCUCGUCGAAUUCUCUCGUUACAGUCUUCUCUUUGCACUCUUUGUCUUCUUUCUGCGCUGUGGGUGGUACGGCACCUCUGGAUUCUUUCUCGGAUGCGUGUGGCAUCAGCUCGCUUUUACCGCCCAUGAUGCAGGCCAUAUGGGCAUUACCCAUCAUUUUCACGUUGAUAGUGUGAUAGGAAUCAUAGUAGCGGACUACAUCGGCGGUCUUAGCCUGGGAUGGUGGAAGCGCAACCACAACGUUCACCACAUCGUCACCAACUCUCCCGAACACGACCCUGAUAUUGAACAUAUGCCCUUUUUCGCCAUCUCACAUCGCUUUUUUGACAGUCUUCGCAGCACAUACUACGAACGUGUUAUGAAGUAUGACGCGUUUGCGAAAUUUCUUGUCCGCUACCAACACUAUCUUUACUAUCCUAUUCUGCUUCUCGGGCGUUUCAACCUCAUUCGUUUAAGCUGGGAAUAUCUGUUUCUUGGCCAAGCUCCCAAAAAGGGUCCUGCCUGGUGGCAUCGUUGGUUCGAAAUCGUCGGCCAAGUCUUUUUCUGGACAUGGUACGGGUACGGAGUGGUAUAUCUCAGCAUCCCGGGUUGGCGGAAUCGCCUUUUGUUUAUCAUGAUAAGCCACAUGAUAACCGCACCUUUACACGUUCAAAUCACCCUGUCACAUUUCGCCAUGUCCACCGCCGACCUUGGCGUGCACGAGUCCUUCCCGCAGAAAAUGCUACGUACCACAAUGGACGUGGACUGCCCCCCCUGGCUGGAUUUCUUCCAUGGGGGUCUACAAUUCCAAGCCAUCCACCAUUUGUACCCGCGCAUCCCCCGACACAACCUCCGUCGGACGCAGGAUCUCGUGAAGCAGUUCUGCAAGGAAGUCGGCAUCCCAUAUGCGAUCUUUACAUUUUACGAUGGGAAUAAGGAGGUUAUUAGCCGGUUGGGCGAUGUUGCGAAGCAAGCGAGAAUCUUUGCUGAGUGCCAGAACAGCCUUGCGAAGCAGGGUGUAUUUUCAGAUCAUCACUAA